AUGCCACCACAAACAGUCAACAUUCUACCAGCUACUGAAGUUAUCAUCCCUUCUGUUGUGGUAUUACCGCAAUGUAAGUUGUUUUUUUUAAAUUUUAUACUUUAAUUUAUAUAUUGUACAAGCACUGUUUAUCACAACAUGCAACUAUAGGCCAUAUUAUGAUGUUUGAAACAAAAUGAAAGAAAAUGAUAUUACAAUAGGAAAUAGUAUGUUUUGUAGUGUUCUCUUAAGAGAUAUCACAUGCAUAUCAUAUGGGGAAUUAGGAAACACACAUGAACGAAUUAUGACGAUAAGAUAGCAACGUCUGAAGAUCAAAAAGUCAAGAAAAAACAUUCUAGAACAAAUUGUUAGGUUUAGACUGGUUUAAGAAGAUUAUGUAAAAUACGCAUUGCUUUAUGUUUUUAGCCAAACAAUACCGCAUCAUGGCAAAAAUACUUUUACAAAGUGUUCUACCAAAUUGAGUUUAGAAAAAAACAACUUUUCAAUUUUCAAAAAUUAACAAAGAUUCUAAAAUGUACUAAAAAAAUCUGGAAAUUUGCAUAAACUAUUAUUCGUGUCUUCACUACAGCUGUACCAAAAUUCAGCAUUUUAGCAAACAUUGUAGAAAAGUUAUGAAUUAUUUUGAAAAACCCUGUAAAAUUGAAAUUUCUCACAGAUUUUUUUCAAAAAAUUCCUAGCCUGAUCGCAAAAUGCAAAAAAAAUAAAAAAAAAAGUUUUUACGACAACCCACCCCACUUCAAAACUCUUAAAAAGCUUGCUACAAUCAAAACUUUAAAAUUCUGGCCUGAGCACGUUGAAACGUCAAACCGGCUAUUGAUUAAUCAGCCCAUUUCCAACCGAUGUAACCGCGAUGUAGCGCUUAUCACAGUUCUUUGAAGCUGAUAAAAGAGAAGGAGUGACAGUUUAUUGUAUUUAAAGGCUCCUACAACAAUAUUGUCAUUUUGAUUUGCAGUGUUUUUCACUGUAAACUUGUUUUGAUUGUAUUCAUAUAAAAGAACGUUCUACAUAUAUAGGAAUAUAAAGAACGUUCUUUUGUGGUCAAACGUGAAGAUUCUAAGCUUUUAUCCGUAGCCUAUUUAAGUGAAAGGUAGACGGUAUUUUGCCGCUACAGCUAUAUCUAACUUCAGCUUCUGGUUAGACAUACAGUAUCUAAAUUACAAUUUUUUAAAAUAAUUUUAUAUAUUACUACUACUAACUUUAAAACUUAAUAAAUUGUUAUAAAAUGGUUGUCAAAAGUCGUGAUAACGAUAGUUUGUUAAUCGAAAUCCUUGAAAAUGUCAAACGCCAAAGGAACUUGUCUUUGCCAUUGAUCUUGCCAAGAGAAAACAUUCUGCGUAGGUGUAAUAUCAUGAUUAUUAUAAACGUUCCUUUAAUUUUAAACUUAUAAAGUUAUAAAAAGACUACAAAAUAUUGUAAUAGUUCAAUAAGGUACCUAAAACUGGCUAGAAAGGUACCCGAAAUUGACAAAUAAGGUAUCCAAAACCAACUUAUUGUCAUACUUUUAGCUAUGCCAUGGUUUGGUCUUGACAUUGGAGGUACUUUAACGAAGCUGGUCUACUUUGAGCCCUUGCACACAGUAAGUUACAGUACAAAACGUUGAAUAUAAUUAUAGGUUACAAUUUUUAACAAUCGAAAAAAGAUUUUGAAUCACACUUUUUGUAGGACUACAUACUAGAAUCUGAUGAAGAAUAUCAAAGAGGAAAGAACAUCCGCCAGUACCUGUUGAGCCACAGCGCCUAUGGUGAACACGGCGUCCGAGACAAACAUCUACAGCUUGACAUGGUUAACAUCAACGUAGGUCUUCACUUUUGUUUUUAAAAAAUAAUUUUGAGGUUUAGGAAACGGGGAUUGUUUAUUUUUAAAAUUAUCAAAACCUACCUUACACCUUGAAGAUCAAAAAUAUGCAAAUUUCUGUCAAAAAAAGUUUGCGCCAACCGGGAUUCGAACUCGGGCCUCUGCCUUGGGAGGGCAGCGUCCUAACCACUGGACUACUGGCACGUUGAAACAAAUAAAACCAGACAAAAAUAAAUGCCAGAGGGUACCCAGAUUCUCAUGGAUCUGGGAACGGCAAUAAUGACUCGAAAGACGUCAAGUUUUGACGAAAAAUGCGCGAAAUACCAAGUUUGAAUAAAACUAGGCAAUGUAUAAUAUAUUCAAACUGUUUUUUGACAUAUUAUCCUAGAAAAUGAUAGUAACUCAAAUAAAAAAUGAGAUUACAGGGCAGACUAGGCUCAAUCCACUUUAUUCGUUUCCCAACAGAACGAAUGAUCAACUUCAUUCAACUAGUCAAGUCCAAAGGCUUUACCCAAAUGUCAUCUACAGUCUGUGCCACUGGUGGUGGUGCCAUAAAAUACGCUGCUGAAACAGAGAAAGAGUUGAACAUGUCACUUCACAAAUCAGAUGAAUUGGACUCGUUAAUCAAAGGAAUCGAACUGAUAGCGGCCAACAACCCAAAUGAAUGUUAUUACUACGACCAGCCACUGAAGGGGGAACAUAAAGUGAUCUGGAGGUGGUCUAGUGCAAGGUGUUCGACUACUGAUUACAAAUACGUUGAUACUCCUUGUGAAGAAGGUCUACAGUAUCCAUAUGUAUUGUGCAACAUUGGAUCAGGUGUAUCUGUGAUGGUUGUAAAGGGACGGAAUGAUUUUCAACGGGUUUCUGGAUCAAGGUAAGGAAAUGUUCAGAAAGCCAAACCUUUUUGUAUUUCUAUUAACGCUAACUAAAAUAAAGAGAAGCUAACUAAAAUACUCAAAAUUAAUAUUCUUCUUUCAGUAUCGGCGGAGGUUUCUUCAACGGUCUCUGUUCCCUCCUCUGCGGCGUCCAAUCGUUCGAAGAAGCUAUCGAGCUGGCUACACAAGGCGACAACAAGAACGUCGACAUUCUGGUAGGCGACAUCUAUGGUUGUGGCUACGACAGUAUCGGAUUACCAAGUGACAUCGUGGCUGCCAGUUUCGGCAAGGCUUGUACGAAGGAAGGCCGCGAGAAGAUGUCUAAAGCUGAUCUGGCCAGAAGUGCCUUGGCCACCGUAGCCAAUAACAUUGGAGCUACGGCGUUGAGUGUGGCUACACAGAGUAACAUUGACAGAAUCGUGUUUGUAGGCAACUUCUUGAGAGUUAAUCCAUUGGCCGCGAGGUUGUUGGCCCAUGCUAUGGAGUUCUGGUCCAAGGGUACCAAACGAGCGCUGUUUUUGAACCAUGAAGGGUACUUUGGAGCUGUAGGAUGCUUGGAUAAGCUGGUAGAGGUCACACAGAGUAGAACUAUUGGUACUAUGGGAUUGUAA